AAAGUUUUAGCUGCAUCGAGUGCGGAAAGGCCAAAUACGAUGCCUACAUUUUGUCCCUUCUAAACAAAGCAUCAAAUUUUUCAUUGGAAAAAAAAAGGCAUCAGAUUGCCACACGUUGUGGAAUGUGGAUGCUCUGAACUGAUGCAGGAGGAAGAAGCACAUCCAGAGGCCAAGGCCAUCGAGUGGUUCGUGGACGAGAAGAGCACGGGGUUCUCUACUUCUCUUAUCAUUUUGGUGUGCCUUUCACCUGAGACACAUGGCAGGCAAGGCAUGGCGGCAGUUGGUCGCCGUUGCUUCGCUCCUGUCAGUCCUGUGGCUUCUCCCAUGGGCUUCGGCGAUCCACCGGAGCGACUUCCCGGUGUCUUUCCUCUUCGGCACCGCCACUUCCUCGUACCAGAUCGAAGGCGCGUACCUUGAGGGCAACAAAAGUUUAAGCAACUGGGAUGUGUUCACUCAUGCACCAGUUUCAGGAAGAAUCAAAGAUGGAAGCGCCGGGGAUAUCGCGGAUGAUCACUACCACCGUUACGAUGAAGAUGUUGAGCUCAUGAAUUCUCUGGGCGUAAACGCCUACAGGUUCUCGAUAUCAUGGGCCAGAGUUCUUCCAGAAGGGAGGUUCGGCAGGGUCAACCCAUUAGGCAUCGAGUUCUACAACAAGCUCAUCGAUUCACUCCUGCUCAAAGGAAUAGAGCCGUUCGUCACGCUGAACCACUACGACAUCCCGCAAGAGCUCGAGGACAGGUACGGCGCGUGGCUCAGCGCGGAGAUCCAGCGCGACUUCGGCCACUUCGCCGAUGUGUGCUUCGCGGCGUUCGGCGACCGCGUCAAGUACUGGACCACCUUCAACGAGCCCAACGUCGCCGUGCUGACGGGGUACAUGCUCGGCACCUACCCGCCGGCGCGGUGCUCGCCGCCGUUCGGCUCCUGCGCCGGCGGCGACUCCGACGCCGAGCCCUACGUCACCACCCACAACGUCGUCCUGUCCCACGCCACCGCCGUCGAGAUUUACAAGAGGAAGUACCAGAGCAAGCAGAAGGGCUUGAUCGGCAUCGUGAUGUACACCACCUGGUACGAGCCGCUGACGGACACGCCGGAGGACCGGCUGGCGGCUGAACGGGCACUGGCCUUCUCGGUUCCAUGGUUUGUUGAUCCAAUAGUCUACGGCGACUACCCGCCGGAGAUGCGGCAGGUCCUGGGCUCCCGGCUGCCGACUUUCUCGCCGGAGGAGAGAAGGAAGCUGGGUUACAAGCUGGACUUCAUCGGGAUAAACCACUACACGACCCUGUACGCCAGGGACUGCAUGUUCUCGUCAGGCUGUCCGUUGGGGCAGGGGACCCAGCAUGCGCUAGCGGCCGUCACCGGAGAAAGGAACGGAGUCCCCAUCGGACCACCGACAGGGAGGCCAAUGUUCUACGUCGUGCCUGACGGCAUCGAGAAGAUGGUCACCUACAUCAUGAGGAGAUACAACAAUCUGCCAAUGUUCGUCACCGAAAAUGGCUAUCCAGAUGGUGGAGAAGCUGGUCAUGACCAUGCCAAAGAUUUGCUUCACGACCAGGGUAGGAUACAGUACCUUGAUGGCUACCUCACCAAAGUUGCCAAAGCUAUAAGGGACGGAGCUGAUGUUCGUGGCUACUUCGUCUGGUCUCUCAUGGACAAUUUCGAAUGGCUCUAUGGAUACACCCUCCGGUACGGACUGUACUACGUUGACUACCAAACACUGGAAAGAAAGCCCAAGUCAUCCGCGCUGUGGUACAAACGGUUCCUCCAAAGUUUUCAACAUGAAGCUCAAUAAAGUGUGCGACGGCUGGACAUGCUGGCUCUUCGAUUUAUGAAAAGAAGAGCAUGAUCUUUGUGUAGAUUAAUUAUUCCUGAAUAAAAUGCCACCACAGUUGCCAAAUAAUUAUUGUCACCUCCCGAGAACAAAAGUAUACUCCAUUUCCCUCUAAUCUUCAGAUAGUUGAUGUUUCAGAGAAA